GACAUUUCACUUUGACAAUUGGUUGACAGCUGAAAUAAUUCUGCUAGGUGAAUUUGUUGCGCUUCAAAGUGUGUAUAGAAACGAAAACAACCAGCAAAAAUGCCUGAAUUAUCUUCAACCGAGAAGGAAUUCCUGCGUCGCAAACAUGAGCAGACAACAAAAUUGCGUGCCGAAUAUUUGAAACAAAUCUCAAACCCACACAGACAUGCGACAGGCGAAGGUGGCACUUUGUUCGAUGCCGGUUUGGCGCGUUUCCAAGCGAUGCGUGUCUCCAACUAUGAACACUUCAGGCCUACCGGUGUAGCCUUCCGUGCUGGUAUGUUCGCCGUAGUGUUGCCCAUUGCUAUCUAUGCUUGGGCGCUGAAAGCCGAACGUGAUGGUCGGGAACAGAAAUACCGCACAGGUCAAGUGGCAUAUAAGGAUCGUCAAUUCAAAUUCAUCUAAAUCGUUUCGAGGAAAGUGCAUAAUAAAAUUGGCGUGUGGCAAAGAUAUAGCCAAAUUGAAAAUGUGUGCAUUCGUUUUUAUUAAUGAUUAAACAUAGUCUAAUUAAAAUGCAAAUUGAACAUAAAGUUGCAAUAACUAUAAAUAAAAGUGCAGACAAAUCUA